ACACACGUCCUGCACAGAUGCAGCAUGCUCAGAAUGACACGGAUGAGUACAGUAUUGAGCAUUUUCAUCUUGUUUCUUCAUACCACUUUUGGGGAAAGUGGUUGCACCUCAGCAGAUGGUGAUGGGACCUUUGGAGAUGACGAACCUGAUAAUUUUGACAUUGACUGCUUCAGCCAGCUGGAAUUUAAGGAUUCCUACAGCAGCCUGACCUGCAAUUUUACAGAGCUGCCUCCUCACAACACUAACUAUACCCUGGCUGUGUGUACCAAGGAAGACAGCAGUUACCUGUGUUUCAAUAUGGAGAAACAGGAAGAUGUUUAUUUUUUACAGUUCACCGAUAUACUCUCAAAUAAAGACAUUUGUGUGGAAUAUGAGAUAAAGAGAAGGGCCUGCAGGAGUCUGAUUGUAACUGACAUUGUCAAGCCUGAGGUACCAUUUGACAUAAACAUAACAUACCAAAAGGAGGCAAAUGAAUAUCUCAUUCAUUAUAGUACACCACACUCACGGAAGAAAUACUUAAAGGACAAAUUAAUACAUCAGAUAGCCUACCGGCAGGAAGAAAGCACUUGGAAGACCAUAAAAUCACCAUACCUUCAGGUAAAGUUACUGGGAAAAAACCUCGAAGCAGAUGCGUUGUAUGAGGUGAAAGUGCGUUCCCAGCCCAACGGAGAUUACUUUAAGGGCAUAUGGAGCGAGUGGAGCACUUCGAAGAGCUUCAGGACCACAGGAGAGCACUCCAUGGAGAGCUAUAGCAGCAUGUUUGUGAUUAUACUCUCCAUUCCAGGAUUCAUUCUGUCAGUUGUCAUGAUUGUCCUGAUCCUAACAUUCUGGGAAAGCAGGAUCAAGCCUGUCGUGUGGCCAAACCUUCCUGAUCAUAAAAUAACUCUGGAGCGACUGUGUAAGAGGCCAAAAAAUAAUUUUGAUAUAAGCUUUAACCCAGAGAGUUUUGGUUAUGUUUUUAUCCAUGAAGUGGAUGGCAUUCAAGCAAAAGCCGAACAGGAAAAUUUUCUGCAGCCACCACCUACUCCAGAGACAGAUAUUCCACCAAAGUUUAGGAGUGGAUCAGACUUGAAGCGAAGUCCUGCAAGGAUUGACAAAAACAGCCUGAACCUGUCUGUGAGUUAUGGAGGAAUCUGGCCUGCAGAGGCUCUUCAUGGACUCUUUGGUUGCAGCCAGUCUACAGCUGCUGAUGUCUGCAGCUCUGGCACAUACGAGGUGUGCCACAGCAGCAGAGUGCCUCUGUGUGACAAUGGCUUUCACCUUCCUUCUGCUCCUCCCUUGGAUCCUCCAGGACAACCUGGACCACAGCCCCAGAAUGGCAACGUGGUGCCACCUAACAGUGAAUUGAAGUCACCGAGUGAUGAAGAAGCCUAUGUCACCAUGUCGAGCUUUUACAAAAAUCAGUAGGCGUUACAGAUACCAUGAAACACUGCCUUUUCCCAGAACAAGCUGGAUACUGAAGCUCUCUAUUUUGUUCUCCUGUGUUUUCAUCUAGUUCCCACCUUCACCACACGCUGCUCACAGUGCAGCGCUGUAUGAAGAAGUGUGGGUUCUUCUGCCUUUCAGUGAGUGACCUAACUUCUGCCUUCUGUCCCAGCAUCAAUCUCCACUGCAGCAGAAAUGAAAUUUAACUUAAUCUGACUUCAAUCUUCAGAUCUGAUUAAGCCAGAGCAAUGACACUGCACUCCUAGAGAAGGAUAACGGUAUGUCUAAGAGAGGAGAAGCCUUCUGUUAAGCUCUUAUGAAUGCCUAAACAAGAAAUACGGCAACAAGUUCAAGUGAAACUGAAUCUGAUCUUUCUCACACUAGACCAAGAGUAACUCCUCUGCAGUUGGUGGAAGUCCACAACUUUGUAAAGCUUAUGGACAGUAAAUUACAGUAAAUGAGAGUUGCUAUCAAGCAUUAGUCACCUGGAGAUUCAGAAGAUUGGUCUCUGCAAAGAUAGUUGACUGAGUCCCCAGGAAAAAGCACAUGGAAUCACUUUGGAAUCACUUUUGGAAGAUGUUUUCUCAGACUGAUUUUUUUGAAAGAUGAAAACAGAAAAAAAAAAAAAAAAAAAAAAAAAAAAAAAAAAAAACAAUUUAUCACUGUCUUUUGCUAUUGGUACAAACAUACCCCAGAGCAAAAUUCAGGAUCCAUACAUAUUUCUGCUGCAGUCAUGUAUUAAAGACCUUCAGUUUCUCAUGUCAUGUAUUUGCAAUUUUCAGCUAAGAAAACAAAACAAAAUCAAUGAAAAGCAAAGUCCUAGUUCUUCCUGUAACAGAACUGGGUCUAUAAAAUGCAUGUUGCUUUCUUUUUCUGCAGCUCUUGUGCAAGCAUUAGUGCAGCAUGCAAGUACUUUCCAGGACAGAAGGGAUGUGUGGGCAAUGUUUGCUCACUAGAAUUAUCACCAGUAGCUGUGUCUGCAUAAGAAUACUUUCAAUUGGGCCAGGCACUUUUUUUAUGUGGCUUCUGGCCUAGGAAUAUGGAUGGAGCAUCACGAAUCUUGCCACUGAUCAAAAGACUCGUAUUUCAAAAAAUAGUAGCUUGUAAAUUGCCUAGAGCUAUUGUUGUUUUAAUGUUAUGACUCAGGAAGGCACCCUGUCCCUUCCCAUUUGUCUUUCUGGACUCUGCCCAUUUCUGAGGGACUCCCCACGUGCUGCCACUGAGAGGACUGAGCCACUCCACUGUCCCUGUGGGAUACUGCACACUGCAGAGCACAUGCUUGGAGACAAAGCUGCUACAGCCACGUGGCUGCAUGGCAGCCCAGCAGUGUGGCCAUGGGAAAUCCAAGCUGCCUUGCUGUGCUCUGGAAUCGAGGUUCACUUGACUGUGAAGUGCUAGCUCCUCUAGCUGCUUGAAAUGUCCUUCAAUGACAUGUUUAUGUUCCCGGAGUAUAAGGGCAAAAAGAGUCCUCCCUCAUCCUCACAGCUGCUCAGACAUUUUCUGACUGCUAACAACCACUGAGAAGCUGUUAUAUUUGACAUAGUCUGCUGGAGAAAACCAGUGCUCCCAAGACAGCUGCCUGCCACCCCCAGGUCUCUGCAUGCACAAUGGUGUGGUGUUUGGCUCAUGAAAGUUCAGUGAUAUUUGCAGAAUUUUUUAUUGCUGUUACAGAUUGAUUAAUGCAGUAAAACAAGGUGGAAGCCCUGGACAUUCAUUUGCUUUAUAAUGCUUGUUUUUUAUUAAAAUAAAUAGCUGCUGGUAAUGCUCAUACUGUGUAGACUUGCACUGUGCAACUGUAGAUGUGGAGAGAAUGUGCUGGAAAGAUAUCCUCUUCCAGUAACACAGUGACAAACAGAGGGGAUAAAGGAAUAAGCAAAAGUGUAUCAUAACAAUCCAGUACAGUGUGUGCUGUGCUUGUUCUGAACUCAUACAUACAUGUUUAAUGAAUAAAAUGUCCAUUACCCAUAUCUAUUUGUACUAUUUACACAGUAAGUUACCCACAUGUAACAGUCUUCCUGUUUGUCCAGAAAGGUACACUGCUUUUUAAUACAGGAAGAACUCUAGCAACUUGGUGUAUAAUUGCUUUAACCACUCUGAAAUUGUUAUAUUUUUCCUAUGUAGUAGUCAUAUUUUUUGCAUAGCUGCUAAUGUUUAAAUAUUCGUUCUGUUCCUUACGUCUUAUUUUAUUUAAUUAGAUAACUUGUAAUCUUGGAUUUAUAACAUUCUUACUGUAUUAAAAGGACGUGGCUAUUUGCAUGA